AUUCCUCGUGCGGUGCGGCGCGGCGAGGAUUUCGUGGCCCAUCGUCGCUUCGGAUUGGUCGAAAAACGUUCUCGCACGGUGCGGUGAGAGUGUGUGAGCCAUCUCUCGCUUCUGAUUGGCCGAAAACCUCGCCGCACCGCACCGCACGAGGAAUUUCUCGUCCAUCUGUUGGAGCCUUAAAAAUAAAAAAAUCCCGUUAUCUGACCCUUCAGCAGGUAGAAAAUGGGAAAAAAUCAUUUUUUCUGUGGGGGCGCUAUAAAGGGGGGUUGGGGCGGAAUCCCAUAUAGCGCUUGCAACUCGUAUUGACCCCCUCUACCCCCAUACCAAAUUUCAUCCAGAUCGGCCCAGCGGUUUAGGAGGAGUUCAUGUGCCACAGACAAACAAACAUUUCAGCUUUAUAUAUUAAGAUGAAUAAACUCGUUUAGAACUUAUUAAAAAAAAUAUCAUUCAUUGACCAACUUUUCAUCUCCACUGAAUUGAAAAAUUAUAAUCAAUCAAGUAAAUAGCUUUGUUGAUUUAUUUCCCAAACAAUGAGUUGACAAAACUUCUCUAGGAGAACGUACGUGAUAUUUUUGGUGCAAUGAAUAAGCACUAAAUUGAAUAUUUCAAUUGAUCAUGACAUUGUUAGCAGUAUAUGACACAGAUAGAUAAAUACGAGCCCUAUCUUACAUUUUCAUUCGACUGUUAGAAACAUGAAAUGAUUUUAUAUUCCUCAUGAGUAAUAACUAAUAUCUAUACGCAUUCCCAUGCUGGCGUAUGGAAAAGAAAAAAUUUAAACUUGUAAAAGUUUUUUCUUGAUCUCAGGGACAGCCGAAAAAAGACACGUAAGACAUGUUCUUAAGAAAAAAUGUCUGAAAACAUUGUGAAAUAAUCAUGGCGAUUUUAUAGUUGUAAUGAAAUCUUAAUGGCUAUUAAGAGUAUAAAGUUAAAAAAAAAAAUAUGAGCUUAAUCUAAAGAGGAAUAAGGUUUGAUUAAUCUGAACGUUUUUGCUUGAAUUUUCUCAGAGAAAAAAAUUUCAUGAAUUUCCACAAAAAAUGAAAACUCCAACCUUUCACACAAAUUAAUGGUAAUGAACUAGAAAAGUUGUGUUGUUACUGAGACGGGCUGCAGUUGUGAUUUAGGCUCGACCACGAAGAUGUCGAUUAUUUGUGAGACUUUUCAAGGGGAUAGUGAGAAAGCCAGUUAUGCAGGUGUUGAAGAAUUUGUAAUGGCAAAGAAUUCUUCACUUGAGGACAUUCCACAGACAGCAAAUUGGUCAAAAGAUGUGUCGUAUUUUUUGCCUAUCUUUUACUACGAUAUUGCUGAUAGAAUUUUGAAUUUUGAAGUUCGUCCUGAUGAUGUGUGGGUGAUAACCUUCCCAAAAUGUGGUACAACCUGGGCACAGGAGAUGGUGUGGCAAAUUUGCAAUAAUAUCGACUUUGAAAAACCCAAGGAGGAAUCCUUAUAUAUACGAUUUCCAUAUCUUGAAGUUGGAUGUAUCAUGUCACGAAAAGUUCCCAUGCCUGAUGUUAUUUCCAUUUUAAAUGAAAAGGGUUCACCUAGAUUUAUAAAAUCUCACCUACCGGCACCUCUACUACCCAAGCAACUAUGGACUGUUCGUCCUAAGAUCAUUUAUGUGUCGAGAAAUCCAAAAGACGCUGCUAUUUCGUUUUAUCAUCACUACAGGAAUAUCCAACACUCUCGCGUGAGUCUCCAAGACUUUCUGGAAUUGUACAUAAGCGGACACAUUAUUUAUGGACCCUAUCAUGAUCAUGUCUUUGAUUUUUGGCGCAUGAGACAUGAGAAAAAUAUCCUUUUUCUCACAUUUGAGGACAUGAAAAAGGAUAAUCCGAGUGUUAUUGAGAAAACAGCGAGAUUCUUUGGGAAAUCCUUCAACAGAGAUCAAAUUCUGGAACUUGCAGAUUACCUUUCUUUCUCAAAAUUUUCUCAAAAUCGUUCGAUAAACAAAGAGGACACUAUCAAUAAACUCCAGAAUAUAUUUCAACGGAAAAAACCAGACGAUGAUUUUCGUUUUAUUAGAAAGGGAGAAGUGGGAUCAUACAAGAAAGAAAUGUCCAAGGAUAUGAUUGAAGCAUUUGACAAAUGGUCUUAUAAUGAAGUAGAAAAAGCACAUCUUAGUUCGGAAAUUCAUUCAAUUUUAUUUCAAAAUUAAUAUAUAAAAUUAUGUUAAUUCAUGAAUUUUAUACAUAAAUAGUUAAAAAAAACAACAUGAAAGUUUCUUUAAUACAAAAUUGGAAAAUAUGUCUUUAUAUCAGAUAAAAAAUAUAAAUUAUUUUACCUUGUGAAAUAUUAACGAUGAAUUUUAUAUGUAUAAUAAACUGUUAUUUUUAGCUAUAAUUCUUUCAAGAAAAGUAUACCACAGCUUCUGUGUCCAGUCUAUAAUUCAAUGUCAUCUCAUCGGGCUCAAACUUGGUGUGAGCUAGUUAUGUUUGUAUAUUUUUCUAUUUCACGGCACAAUCAACUUUCUAAGAGUUAUAUAAGUUGAUUAGAAAUUGUGAAGGCAGAAGAAAUUAAUUUUUAUGCUACUGAUUGUCUUAUCAACAUGUCCAUAAAUCAAUUUUAGCAGACAAACUGAUAAAACAGUUAAUAAUUUUACAUCCAGCUACACACUUAUGUACCUUAGAGUUUUAUUGAUUUAUUUUCUUGCCAAGGUAAAAUGCACUCAAAUUGACUUACAAAUGAGGCAAAAAUCUACUAUAAAAUUCCUAAUAAACAUAUCUUUUUCUUUUGUUGCACUGAAGCUCAAUAAUUUAUUCAAUGAAUAUAGAUUCCCUAUUGGAGACCUUCACUGGAGAUCAAAUUAAUAUUUAAAAAAAAACAAAAUAUUUUGCUUUAGUGAAUUUGCAAAAUGUAGCAAAAUAUGUAUAUCAGUAAAAUCCAGGUCAAAAGUUAAAGAAAAAAAACAAAGCUUAGAAAAUAUUCUAGUUACUAUAUUUGUGAACUCUUCUAUCAAAGUACAGGUAAAUAAUAGAUUAAAAGUUGAUUGUGUUAUCUACAACCUCU